AUGUCUGUCGAGGUUUCAACCCUACCACCCUAUCCCCUCCACGAGUCGGUUAGGGACAAAUUGAGCCCCGAAUAUGUGGCUUUCUACAACCAAUACAUCAUCAACAACCAGCAAGUCCACUACCAGCCCGUGGAAGCUUCGCGCACGAGUGGAACGCUGAUUCCAGGAGGCGGCCCACUGCUCACUGUUGGUCAAACCGAGGACAUCUCUAUUCCACGACGAGCAAGUUCUGGACCCGACGUCAAGGUCCGCUGCUUCACCCCAGCUGGGGGGAAACCGCACGAUGGAUGGCCAGUUCUGUUGUAUUUCCACGGUGGCGGAUGGGUUCUCGGGACAAUUGAUACCGAAAACACCGUUUGCACCAACAUCUGUGUGCGCGCAAACUGCGUUGUCAUUACUGUUGAUUAUCGCCUCGCACCAGAACAUCCCUGGCCCGCCGCGGUACACGAUAGCUGGGAAGCAUUCCAAUGGCUCGUUUCCGAUGGAGCUUCCAAGCUCUCCAUCAACCUAUCCAAUAUGGCCAUAGGUGGAUCGUCGGCCGGUGGUAAUCUUUCAGCUAUCGUGUCCCAGAAAGCCCUCGCAUUGUCGCCACCCGUCCUUUUCAAGUCUCAGGUGCUCUCGGUUCCUGUCACCGACAACACAGCAUUGGUCAGCAACAAUCAAUCAUACGCGUUGUACGAGCAGACGGCCGCUCUACCGGCAGAGAAGAUGCUCUGGUAUCGGAAGCACUAUCUGCCCAGUGAAUCCGACUGGGCGCAUCCGGAAGCAAGCCCCUUGUUCUACCAAGGCAACUGGUCACAACUCCCACCAGCAUUGAUUCUAGUUGCGGAGUUGGAUGUUCUUCGUGCGGAGGGGGAAGAGUAUGGGGAGAAGUUACGCGCUGCUGGGGUACCUGUGGAUCUACAUGUUAUGGCGGGAAUGCCGCAUCCUUUCCUCGCAAUGGAUGGCGUGCUGGGGGAGGGCAAGAGGGCUAUUACUUUGAUGUGCGACACGCUGCACGAGGCGUUUUGGAAGAAAUGA